AUGGCAUACUCGUCACGGUUGGCAAUCAUCGUGGGUGGCAUUGGCGGUCUUGGCUCCGUCACAGGCAAGCUGCUGAGGUCCCAGGGUGCUCGACUGGCAUUGUUGUACGCCCCUUUCGAGCAAUCGCGUGUCGGGCCAACUAUAUCACAAGUCUUCGGCAAUGACUCCAAGGACAUCAGAUCGUACGCCUGCGAUGUGACCUCUCACGAGUCCGUCAAGGAAGCCUUUGCUGCCAUUGCCAAGGACGAUGUUGCUUUUCCGAGUAUUCUCGUGAAUGCUGCAGGCUAUGUCAAUCUGCAACCUCUGGAGACAUUCGAUGUCAAUGACAUCUUGAAGCACUACAUGGUCAAUCUUCACGGACCAACACUGACUGGCCAGGCAUUUGCAAACACCUAUUUUGCCGCAGUGCAGCGUGCCAAGGGGCAGGCGCCGGGCGGACGGAUCGUCAAUAUUGCCAGCCAGGCUGCACAUGUCGCGCUCCAAAACCACGGACCAUACUGUGCGAGCAAGGCAGGUCUUGUUGGCCUGACGCGAUCUCAAGCUUCGGAAUGGGGACCGAGGGGCAUUACUGCCAACAGCAUAAGUCCCGGCCCAGUGUGGACAGAACUGGGCAAAAAAGCCUGGAGCGACCAGAAAGCGCGAGAGGAGUAUCAAGCAGCUGUGCCAACAGGCAAGUUCGCUGAGCCCCACGAAGUUGCUCGGAUAGUCGACUUCCUGUGCAGAGACGAAGCACUGAAUAUCAACGGAGACGACAUCAGGCUUGAAGGCGGGUAUACUGCGCGUCUAAAUGUAUACAUCUUCUCGACCCGAGAUGGUCGCCCAUAUGAAGAUGGAAGCCAAUACCUGAUCGUGUGCAAUCAAGGCUACUCAUCGAAUAGCCAAAACGUGUUCGGACUCAUCCCUGUAGCGGUCAAUUCUUAUCUCGACUGCCUAAACCUCUGUUCCAACCAAGGCUCAAUCUGUGCUGGUAUCACAUAUGGCUACUUUGGGAGCGACACGCUACAAUGCAAUCUCAAAACCAAAAUGCUGCGUGACAACCAGCCAAGUGGCUACAAUGUAGAUUCCGCGUUACGCAUGAGUGGACCUACGGUGUCCGGCAAUCGAUCACAGCUGGUCACUAAUGGCGACUUCAUGGAAAAUAUGGGGUCUCUUAGCCCUUGGACCACGGACACUUUCAGUAUAGAAGGAAUUUCUGGUGUACCCACUUCUUACUGGGUCCUGGCCGAUUCCUUUGGUUACAAAGCAGGCGAGCUGAUACAAGCCGUGAACAUAUCCGCCGGACUCUCAUACUACAUGACUCUCAGCCUUAGCUUCAGCACUUCAGGACCUAUCUCACCAAACAACUUCUGCAACUUUUACGCUCAGACCGACUACGAGAUCCUCUUCUUCUUCAAUCCAAAUCUCACCAGCUUCACCUCAGCCUUCUCCAGUACUUUCAAUGCCAGCGGAACCACAACGCGAGACGCCAACCGCUUCAUACUCUUCAUGUACUGCAGCGGAAACUUCAACAUUACUUGGACCAUCGACUCUGUCGCCUUCUACACAAAUGUCCCCUCACUUGGGGCCAACCCUCUUGUCCCUCCCCCCAGCACCUCGAUCCUCCGCGAUGGAAACUUCACUUCAGGACUCCAGUACUGGCGAUGGCGACCAAACCCCAAUUUAAACAACAACGUUCUCUCCCCUUCUAGCAUCGCCACUGUACUGCUUCCGCCUGGAACAUUAAACAACGUCACGGCGCUCAUGAAUUACAUGAUGCCCUCUUCUCUAGUGCCUUCAACACCUGGCCUGACUCCCCAACAACAACAGCAGCAGCAGCAACAGCAGCAACGCCUUACCGUCAUAACCUUCUCUACCCUCUCUCCGGUGACACCGACCUUCACCUCCGGCUACCUCACUCAGAUCGCACCUCUGCCGAUCUCUCUCAACCAGACUUUCCGACUCACAGGGACAGUCUACUUCAAUGUCUCUUCGUCCUGCUCAUGUGAUGCCGGGAUUUACAAUACCUUGUAUCGAAAUUCUGGCGUGAAUGGAUGGGCGUGGUCUGUGUUUGGUGUGAGGGAGAGAAGAGUCGUAGAAGUGGAUGUUACUGGGAUGGCGACGGCGGGGAAUGCAGAGUUUCAGGUUUAUGUUGGGUGUGAGGGGACGGAUGCGGGUUGUGGAGUCGGAGUGGGAGGGUUGGCGAUGAGGGUAAAUGUUUGA